UAAAUACAACCGCAAUGCCCUCAUACAUCACCAAUCCACAAGCAAUUCCACCAUGGACAUGAUAGGAACCUCUUCCCGAAGAAGGGCUCUGGAGACGCGGACCACCCGCUCUCCGUCGACCCCUAUGCGCUCGCAUUCCAGGACUAUAAACGGUCUUGGUUUGUAUAAAAGAACCUCCGCCGCGCCGAUAUCCAGAUCUUACAACCCCGCGGUGCUCGCAUCUCCAGAUGGGUUCGAGCUGAGCGCGGCGCUCAGCGGAGACCCCGCACGCAGUAACGAGAAGGAGCAACUUCAGGGGCUCAACGACCGCUUCGCCAGUUACAUCGACAAGGUGCGUUUCCUAGAGGAGCAAAACAAACAACUGGAAGCUGAAAUCCAGGCGCUAAAGCAGCAGAAAUUGUCGCAGUCCCUGCACAGCGAUGCGUACGACAGAGAGCUCCGAGACCUGCGCUGCGCCCUGGAGCAACUGCACAAGGAAAGGGCACAAGUCCUGCUGGACACAGAGCACACCGACGAGGACCUACAGCGGCUGAGGGAGCGAUAUGAGGAUGAAGCCCGGGUAAGAGAGAACGUGGAGGCUGCCAUUCAAAGCAUGAAGAAAGACAAGGACGACUCGAUUCUCAUAAAGUUGGAGAUGGAAAGGAAAGUCCAGGCCCUUGUGGAUGAAAUUGACUUCUUGCGCCAAAACCACGAGGAGGAGAUCAGCGAGCUCCUCGCUCAACUUCAAGCCGCACAGGUGCCGGUGGUGGAGAUGAGGGACCUUCAGAAGACCGACAUCACCUCUGCGCUCCGGGAGAUCCGUGCGCAGUUGGACGGGCUUUCAUCCAAGAACCUCCAGCAGGCUGAGGAGGUGUUUCAGUGCCGCUAUUCUAUGCUGUCAGACGCUGCGGAGCAGAACAAGGAUGCUAUCAAGUCUGUACGGGACGGAAUUGCAGAUUACCGCCGUCAGAUCCAAGCCAAGAACAUUGAGCUGGAGGCUCUGCGAGGUACCAAAGAGUCACUGGAGAGGCAACUGCAUGAUAUUGAAGACCGCCACAACAACGAUAUGGGCAGUUAUCAGGAGAUGAUCCACCAAUUGGAAAACGACUUGAAAGGAGCAAAAUGGGAAAUGGCGCGUCAUAUCAGAGAAUAUCAAGAUCUGCUCAACGUUAAGAUGGCACUGGAUGCUGAAAUAGCAGCUUACAGAAAACUUCUGGAGGGUGAGGAGACACGCUUCCAAACCAGUAUUUUGAGUCCUGGUUUAGCAUACAGUCAGCCGAAAACAUCUAAGGUCAAACAUAAAAUCGUGGAGGAGAUCAUUGAGGAGACCAAAGGAGAGAUUGACAUUGACGGUGACCUGGCAGAGGUGGCAAAGGAUCUGGCAGAAGAAGCUGGAGAGGAAGAAGAGGAAAUUGUAGCUGCUGAAAAAGCCAAAGUGAGUUCUGCUGCUCCUGAAGAUGAGGAAGAGGCAGAGGGAGAUGAGGAAGAGGCAGAGGAAGAAGAGGAAAUUGUAGCUGCUGAACAAGCCAAAGUGAGUUCUGCUGCUCCUGGAGAUGAGGAAGAGGCAGAGGAAGAAGAGGAAAUUGUAGCUGCUGAACAAGCCAAAGUGAGUUCUGCUGCCCCUGGAGAUGAGGAAGAGGCAGAGGAAGAAGAGGAAAUUGUAGCUGCUGAAGAAGCCAAAGUGAGUUCUGCUGCCCCUGGAUGUGAGGAAGAGGCAGAGGAAGGAGGAGACGAGGAAGAAACAGCAGAAGAGGGAGAGGCUGCUGAGGAGGAAGAGGGUGCAGCAGAGGAAGAGGCUGCUGAGGAGGAAGAGGGUGAGGCAGAGAAAGAAGACGGAGAGGAAGUAGAUGAAGAGGAAGAGGAAGGAGAGGAAGAAGAGGAAGCGAAAGUGGAAGUAAUUGAGGAGACAGAACUAUGCGUUGACAAAACUCCAACAUCAGAUAAAGAAGAGAAAGAAGGCAGUGACAAAGACGAAGAAGGAGAAGAAGAGAAAGAGGCUGAAGAAGUCAAAGAGGUAGAGAGUGAAGAACAAGCCAAGGAUGAGGAUGAGAAGAAAGAUGCUGAUGAAAAAGACGAUGAUGCCAAAGAUGAGACAGAGUCUAAAGGAGAUGAAGAGAAGAAGGUUGAUUCUCCAGAAGAGGAAACAAAGGCCGAUUCAGAAAAGAAAAGUGAUACAGAGGAGGAGGAGAAGAAAAAAGGUGAGUCCUCACCAGUAACCGAAGAAAAAGAAGAUAAAACGCAGGAUAAAGAAGAGGAGGUUCCCACUGCUGACCAAACCAGCCCGGCUAAAGAGGAACCCAGUCCCAAAGAAGAGGUCCUGACCAGAACCGUGGAGACCAUCACUAAUGGAGACAAUGCAGCAACCAAACCAGCCCCAGAGAAAGAAGUAGAAAAGGCAGAAGAAAAACCACAGGAAAAAAAGAAAGUCGCCAAAAAAGUGGAGAAAGUAGCUCCCCCAGCAAAGAAGGAAAUUAAAGAUAAAGACUGAUGCCUGGGUGAAACCUCCACAGGAAUUUAGUUCUUACAAAUUGUUCAAAUACAUUUUAUUCAAUGCAAAAUGUGAAAACCAAGCAAAAUCAAACACAAAAAUAAUGCAUGUGUGUUGAUUGAUGCAUGUGUGAAAGGAAAUAGCCAUGCGAAACAGAGAUUAUAGCGUGUUUGAAUUAAAGUGCAAGUACAUUAUGCUGCUAAUGAGUUACAUCUGUUUGUAAGAGUUUACAGCAAUAUGAAACUCUGGAGCUGCUCUGCAGUAAUGGUGCUACCACAACAUUUGCAAUUUAAGCAGAAACUCUUUCAAACUACACGAUGGCUUUCUAGCAUACUUCAUGCCUUAAGACAGAAUGCACUGAAUCAAUGCUUAGAGUCGGUCUGUUACACAAAACAGAAGAACAACCGAUAACAAUAAUACUGUGAAAUGUAAAGGUGCUGCAGGUUCGAUCUGUAAUAUUAUCACACCAAUCAAUAAAAAGCUUGUUAAGUCAUUACAAAGUCA